GCGUCACCAAACCUCCCAGAGCUGGCUGAGCAGCACCCAUAGUAAUGCGACGACACAUCCAACGCCGUAUUCUACGUUGCCAACAUGUCCAAUUCGCAACAAGUUCCAGGCGUCGUGAAAGAAUCCGGGCUCCGGCUACCCAGCAAUGGGAAAUCUAUCUACCAUCGGCCGCUGAACCGAACGAAGACAGGAGAGCUCAGCCAGGCCAGCUUUGCAUAUCUCUUUGGCGAAAUGGUGACAUAUGCGCAGAAGCGUGUUAAGGGUAUCCAGGAGCUAGAGCAAAGGUUGAACCUCCAAGGCCAUUCGAUAGGCAUGAAGCUGCUCGAUCUGCUUAUGUACAGAGAACCAGCUCGAACCCAACUGCGACCGCUCGGUAUCAUCCAGCUACUACACUUUAUCAAACAGAACAUUUGGCUCCACCUCUUUGGCCGCCAAGCGGAUAGACUGGAAAAGUCCAACGACGCCGACAAGCCCGAAGAAUACAUGAUUAUCGACAACGAACCACUGGUGAACCAAUACAUCAGCGUGCCGAAAGAAAUGAGCCAACUAAACUGCGCCGCUUUCGUGGCCGGCGUCGUGGAGGGAGUCUGCGACGGUGCAGACUUUCCGGCCAAAGUCACAGCACACACUGUUGGAGAGGGCGAGAUGUGGCCAGGCAAGACUGUCUUUCUGGUCAAGUUUGCCAAGGAGGUGGUCGAAAGAGAAGCUUAUCUCGCAAAGUCAUGAUACAUACGGAUAAAUAUGCACAUUCCCCGUGGCUAGUUUGGAGUUUUAGGAGUUUAUGGG